CACCCCGGGGAACCUCUCAGAAUGUUCAGAGUGCCCGAGUUCCGAACUAAACUCCUUGGUGGGUCAGGCGGCGCACGUGGGGACGGAGCGGCUCAGGCAUGGUCUCUCUCCGGGCUUGCGUGAGCAAGUUGGGGUCCACGCUGCCCCUGCUCUUGGUGCUGUGGGACCUGCACUACGAGGGUAGAGGGAGCUUGUUUGAAACAUGCACAAGAGCUCAUGAGCAGAAUGUGGGAUAAAUGCAGAAGUAGAAAAACAACUUGAAAUGGGGAAGAAGCUGUUGGCUGCUGGGCAGCUUGCCGAUGCUUUGUCUCACUUCCAUGCCGCCAUAGAAGGGGACUCUGAUAACUACCUUGCCUAUUACAGAAGAGCCACCGUCUAUUUGGCCAUGGGCAAAUCUAAAGCUGCCAUUCGUGACUUAAGCAAGGUGGUUGAAUUAAAGCAGGAUUUCACGUCGGCAAGGCUGCAAAGGGGGAACUUGCUGCUGAAGCAGGGAAAGUUUGAUGAAGCGGAAGAGGAUUUCAAAAAAGUGCUCCAGUCUAACCCCAGUGACAAGGAUGAAGCAGAUGCUCGCUCCCAGCUGAUGAAGUCUGAUGAAAUGCAGCGCCUGUAUUCCCAAGCACGGUCUGCGUUUCUUCAGGGGGAGCACUACACUGCUAUCGGCCUCUUGGAUGAAAUUCUGGAUGUUUGUGCUUGGGACGUGGAACUGCGAGAGCUUCGGGCCAAAUGCUAUAUCAAGGAAGGAGAACCGAGAAAAGCCAUCGGUGACUUAAAAGCUGCUGCAAAGUUAAAGAGCGACAACACAGAAGCGUUCUACCAAAUCAGCACCAUAUAUUAUCAACUAGGUGACCAUGAGCAAUCUCUAAAUGAAGUCCGUGAAUGUCUGAAACUUGACCAAGACCACAAGGAGUGCUUUUCUCACUACAAGCAAGUAAAGAAACUGAACAAACAGAUCGCAUCAGCGGAGGAACUCAUCCAGCAAGAGAGGUACCAAGAUGCCAUUAAUAAAUAUGAGACUGUGAUGAAAACUGAGAGCAAAGUUCCUGUUUACACCACACAAGCCAGAGAGAGAAUCUGCCACUGCCUCUCGAAGGACCAGCAGUCAACGAAAGCCAUCACACUUUGCACUGAAGUUUUACAGCUGGAGCCGGAUAAUGUAAAUGCACUCAAAGACAGAGCUGCGGCGUACAUCCUGGAAGAACAGUAUGAGGAAGCUAUCAGGGACUAUGAAAAAGCAAAGGAGCUUAAUGACAGUGACCAACAAGUUCUGGAAGGCCUGGAGAGAGCCCAGCGGUUGCUCAAGCAGUCCCAGAAGAGAGAUUACUACAAAAUUUUAGGAGUUAAAAGGAAUGCCAGAAAACAAGAAAUUAUAAAAGCCUACAGGAAGCUAGCAAUGCAGUGGCACCCUGAUAAUUUCCAGGAUGAGAAAGAGAAGAAGCAAGCCGAGAAAAAGUUUAUCGACAUCGCAGCUGCCAAAGAAGUCCUCACUGAUCCAGAAAUGCGGAAGAAGUUUGAUGCAGGAGAAGACCCCCUGGAUGCCGAAAGCCAACAAGGUGGAGGAAACCCUUUCCACAGAGGCUGGAAUUCCUGGCAAAGCUUUGACCCAUUCAGCUCCGGAGGACCUUUUAAAUUUAAAUUCCACUUCAAUUAGAAACUGCUUCCCAUCCACCCCCAAAUUUGUUUCUAGGACUUUGUCUUUAUUAUUAUUUUUUAUUUCGAGGUAACCUAAACUAGUGGCUUAUUCUUGAACAGGAACUUUAUUGAAAAUGAUAGCCUGAAAAGAAGCCUGUGAGAGAGAGCAAUGCAACAGCUGUUCUAUUAGUAAUAAUUCGUAUUAUACUUCUGAGUGCAAAACUCCUGUUUCCUAAAUAAGUAGAAGACUAGGCCGGGCUCCAGCCCUUGAGCCCAGUCACCUGGAAUAGAUCGAGACCUUCGGCUGAAGACAGCUGACAUCAAAGGAGCUAUUCUGUUGAAGAACGCAUGUUAAAAUCUGCCUAACUCUUAAGUGACCUUUUGCCGGACCUGGUCAGGUAUUUGGUAUUCCUCACUGAAGGAACAAGAGCACAGUGUAUAGUCUCGUUGUGAUUUCUCGAGGGGAAAUGCUAAGGACUCGAGUAUUGGUGUUGUUCUCCUUGGGUGACAUUGGCGGACACACCUGUCACUUCUGCAUGACUGUCUUGCAUCAGAUCGCUCUUAAAAUGUGGCUCGGGUUGCACUUGCCUGCCGCUUCGAAGAAGAAAUGGGUAAUGGAAUUGCAGAGGUGGCCUGGUUCUUCCCUAAGACUGUUUGAAGCAGGAGGUUAUACAAAACAGGAGCAUGGUAGAAAGUAACUCUGCUACACAGGUAAUUUCUGGAUCGAAGCCUCUCUGUGACCCUUUACAGGGCCACAACCAAGGCCUGCAGAGAGAGUUUUCUAGAUUAUUUUUACUAGGAUGAUUUUCUCUCUUGAUUAAAAUUUCUCUUCUGGUUGUUUCACAAAGCUACCUAAAUAGAAUGGUAUUUUUAGCUGGUAUUAAAUAGAACUAUUUUGAGCUUUUCCCUCAACAUAUGCUUGACAUUUGAGCAGAAUGACUACGAGAUGUUGCUUCAGAUAUACAGAAUUUAGUUCUGAUCUGGAGGAUUAUUUUAAAGGGAUGUGAACAUGUCCUGUGAGGUAAUUUUUAAGAUAAGAGUGUUGUGGUUUAGACAAGAGGAGGAUGCCAAAUGUCUCCUGUAAUUUGAUGAAACUUUUUAAAUGACUGUGUUUGUAGCAUUCCACUGACCAUUAUGUAAUCUGGAUGGUUUAGAAGCCUUUCAGAUGAGUCAGUUUCAUAAAGGAGUUGGUGACUCCCUUGAACUAAUUUGGGGCACAGUCCUAUGUAGGUCUAUACAGAAAAAAGGGCUACAGCUUUCAGCAUUGUGGGACAUUUUUUUCUGUCUGAGCAUGUGUGGGAUUGUGCCCUUAACUGCCUGUAGCCACAGGAAACCGUAACACCGGAGCUGACAUUCACCUUGGGUCCGCCAAAGACAUGUGAAUCCUUCAGGUGCUUUUGUCUGGUAUUGCUCUGGCACUUCUGAACUGUACUCAAAACAGAGCCCAGAAACCUCUUACUGUGUGAUUCUGGAUCUGCAGAAAGUAUUUUUUUUUAAGUACAGCCGUUCUCAAGAAGGCAAUUUGAGUAUUCGGGAGUUACGUCAUUACACUUCAGUAUCAGGACAGUCCGAGAAGUACACCCAACUUCCUUUCAGUCUAGAUAUGACAUCACCGCUUCAGCAGCAAUGCCAGUGCUGGCAAUCAGACAUCCCACUGGGAUCCUGCAGGCGACACCUGCAUAAGGAACGGCAUCUGUCCCACUCAGGUGUUCACUUUCCACACAGAUUUGAUGCAGAUGUGCGCUGGAAUGUAGUGAAGUCCAGAUCGGACCCGGCUUGUUUCAGUAGCAUAGUCCAAAAGGCAGAACAAUGAUUUCAUGGUUGAGGAAUUCCCAUUGUCUUUUUUCACGGGUAACUUCUUAAUUUGUGCGAGUGAUUUUGGAAGUAAUUUCACCGGGGGGCGGGGGGGGCACAUGAAACCCUUGUUCGCUUCUCGGUUAUCUCUCCUGGACAUCCGCAAACAUGCCCAGCGCUGCAAACAUAGCACUUUUAUCGUGGUAGCUCUAUGUAACUUGCUCCCAAAGCAAUUUACAGUGUAGGGAGGUAUCUGGCAACCGAGCCGACUGUGAUGCAGUAUUUCACAUGCUGUAUUCCUUUUAGGGUAAGAAAGGGCCUCGUGUGCGUUGUCUGAGUGGUGUAAGAAUUUGUUUGGCACUCAGUCCCGGUGGCACUUUGCUUUCCAAAAGCCGUUGUCCUGGCUCUUGCUUGGAGGUGUGAUUGUUUUCCCCCUGGGGGAGAUUUCCAGGGAUUUUUGGAAAAACUGAAGAAAAAUGAUUCCCCGUUUUCUCUCUCUGCCUCUCAGUCCCCCCCCCCCCCGCUUUUUUCCUUCAUAAGCUGUCACAUCUCUGCUCCAUCAUGAGGGUUCGGAAAUUAGAUUGGCCAGGACUAUGUCAAUGCAGGUUUUGUAGUCACCUCGGUAAGGGACUGGCCACUGUCGCUCAUCAGCUGCCACUGGGGUAUAUGCAGACAUUUGAAAUGUUCGCAGAAUAAAGUGUUUUUAAAAAUGCAGGCGAGUCAGUACCAUGAGUGCUCAGGAGUUCUUUUGAAGAUAAAGAUGCCUGAAAUCAUGCUAGGUAAUGUACUGGCAGCCACAAAAUAUAGAUUAAAGCUGUCCGUAAUUUUAUCAAUCAGUUGAAAGUGUCUAUUAAUCAGAAAGCUGUUUGUUUUGUGUGCAUAAAACCAGAUUAAUAUACAGUAUGCAGCUGUGCCAAAGCUUAAAAUGUGUGUUUAUAACAGCUAAGGAACAGAAACGACUAAGUUGAUGUUUCCCUGUGAUUAUCAGGGGGUGUUUGUGGUGAAGGGAAAAGGCGAAUGCUUAUUUGUUCACCUUUCUAGAAAUGCUUAUUUGUUCACCUUUCUAGAAAUGAAGAAACAGUUUACAAAGCAAUACCGUUAGAGUUUUCCAGAUUGCUUUAAGAUUAUAUUGCUGUUGCAACAUGAGACAUGUCAAAUGUGAACCAAAAAGUAGAUCUUCCUCUUUGCAAAAUAAUUUAUGUAUUAAGAAAAAACGGGAAUUAAAUCGUUGUUAAACAACUGAUAA